AUGGUACAUGUGGAUGCCCCUACACCACUGCGGCAGCUGCUCAGCGAUGCGCGCCCCAGCUGGAGUGAGAAAGAUCUUGCCGCGGUGGAGGAAAAGCUGUCGCGCGUGGGUGCCACAACGGUUCGCGAGCUGGCCGAGCUUUUGGCCCACGGUUUAAACAAGAGGCUGCAUGCCGCUGGGUUGAAGGCAUUUAACAGUGAAACCCUUGCAGCAUUGCGCCAUCGUGUAGAGGAGGAAUCAAAAUCUCGGCAUCUCGAAGAAGAGAAGCGUGAGAAGCCCGUGGAGUCAAACGCUGGAGAUGCUUCAUCUCAGAGGAAGAUGACAAGUCCAGACACAGGACACAAGAACUCUCCAACUCCUCCCUUCCAGGCUGACAGUGGGGGCCCAAAGGUGGCACCGACUGCGGAGCCUUCUUCCCAGCCCACUUUCACUAGUUUUUCUCCUUCAACGACUUUUGGCAGAGCCGAAGCUUUGGGUGAAACGCAGCUCAUCAAGGCGGUGCGGCAAAGUGAUGUCAAAACUGUGCAAUAUCUGCUUUCUCAUCGAGCUGAUCCCAACGAGAAGGACAACUUUGGCGAAACAGCUUUGAUGGAGGCUGCGGGUCAGGGACAAGCCCAAAUUUGUCGAAUACUGCUGGAGAACGCAGCAAACCCGUCUUGCAAAUCACCGAGCGGUCUGAAUGCAACACAGCUGGCAGCGGAGCACCAAUCCAUCGCGCAUUUGUUCGCCUUGCCGCCAGACUACUGGUUUGACAGAGGUCUCAGGCUCGCGGCUCGUCAGCACGAUGUCCAGAAGGCCGAGCUUCUGCUGCAACGGGCGAAGGCAGAAGAGGUCGCCCUGAACUUUCAACGGAAAGAUGCCAAUGGCUUCGGGUUGAUUCAUGUAUGUACGGGCAGAGCUCCUGAUUCGGAAGAUGGCCGCGGGCUUGUCAGACUUUUGCUUUCUGCGGCUGCAGCUGUAAACACAACAAACCUGCUCGGCGAGACGCCGCUCAUCCUUGCUGCUAGAGCUUCUGCUGAUGCCAAAAAGGCGUUUAGGAUGAGCAUUGUACAGUUCUUGCUGGACUCUGGCGCUUCCGUCAACACUUCUGAUGCAGUCCUGCAUGAGACACCGUUAAUGGAAGCUGCUGGGAUAGGAGAUCCGGACUUGGUGCUCACGCUUCUGAAAGCCCGAGCCGAGACUACAAGAAGCAGCGCCAGCGGGCAGACAGCCCUGGAUUUCGCCUCUUCCAAAGACGUAAUAUGGAUGCUGAAAAAUCCUUCAGAGGCUCUGCAGUCUCGAGCACAAGCCAGUCCUCAGCCAAAAGCUGCCGUACCGCCUCGACCAAAUUAUGCAUUUCCACCACAACAGCCAAGCUCUGCACCGCCACCGAACACUGCUCGACCGGCUCCCAAGCCCGCGCCGAGUGCCCCGAAGCGCCCCCAAACGUAUGCAGAGCGCCUUCAGAGCCUCCUGUCCAAGUACCCAGGAUUCCAAGGUUCUGGUGUGGAUCUGCCGAGUCAUGCCUGGCAAUGGUCGCCGCAAGAGCUCGAGCUCUUCAUCGGUAGUAUGGGCCAGUUCUGGCCUCCGGGACGUGCCAAGCCGAGUCCAGGCCCCAGUCGUACUUCGGGAAAUCGCAACAAAGGACCUCCGCCAGAUCCCUGGGAAAGGCCGUCGAUGAAACCACUGAGUUCACUGAAGGCAUACUACCAGGCCCUUGGUGUUCCGGAGGGCACGCGGGACAGAAACGUUCUCAAGAAGGCGUACAGGCAAGCUGCAUUGAAAUGGCAUCCGGACAAGAACCCAGACAACCCUCUCGCAGCAAGCAACUUCCAGAAGGCGUGCGAUGCCUUCGAGCAGCCGGGUCGCAAAGGGAGAUUUCCACAUCCAUGCAGUGCUGUCCAUACAGGCGUUGAACUGCGUGCAGCUCGCGAUACACUCACUUGA